AUGCAACGUCGUGAGCUAGAGUUUGCGGUGGGUGAGAAGGUGUUCCUAAAGGUGUCACCAAUGAAAGGAGUUAUGCAGUUUGGUAGAAAGGGUAAGCUUAGCCCUCGUUUUAUUGGCCCUUACGAGAUUAUGAGAAGAAUUGGGAAAGUGGCUUACGAGUUGAAGUUACCAUCUGAGAUGGCUAUGGUGCAUCUUGUGUUUCACAUUUCGAUGUUGAGGUUGUACAAGCCUGAUCCUUCUCAUAACUUGAAUCAUGAAGAGAUUGAAAUCAAUGAAGGGCUGUCUUAUGAAGAAGAACCUAUCAAGUCUUGGCUCGUCAAGUUAGGAGGCUGA